GUCGCUGGGAGGCUGUUUUUUCUCCUGAGCCUCUGUUUGUAUGCAUCAUGCCAAAUGCCCGGUGGAAGAGGCGGGGACCUUUCGCCCCAGAUGUUGUCGGAGAUGAGAGAGACCAACCAGGUGCUGAGAGAUAUCACCGAGCUGCUGAAACAGCAGAUCAAGGAAAUCACCUUUUUGAAGAACACGGUGAUGGAAUGUGAUGCUUGUGGCAUGGGCACAGGAGCAACCGGUCCUGCAAUCAGCGUGGCAACUCUGAACCGAUGUUACCCUAACCCCUGCUUUCCCGGGGUCACCUGUACCGAUUCCCCAACUGGCUUUCGCUGUGGGGCUUGCCCUCUGGGCUAUACCGGCAACGGGACCCACUGCACCGAUAUAAACGAGUGCACAGCAAAUCCAUGCUUCCCCAGAGUGCAGUGCGUCAACACAUCUCCUGGCUUCCGCUGUGACUCCUGCCCCCCUGGCUACACCGGGCCAGUCCUGGAAGGAGUCGGUUUGUCAUUCGCCAGGACUAACAAGCAAGUCUGCAAUGACAUCAAUGAAUGUGAGACCGGAGCGGCCAGGAACUGCGUCCCAAAUUCCAUCUGCAUCAACACCAGGGGCUCCUACAAAUGCGGAUCUUGCAAAAGCGGCUUCGUAGGGGACCAGGUUUCUGGCUGCCGGAGCAAGACCGAGCGACGCUGCCCCAACGGGGAACUGAGUCCGUGUCAUGAGAAAGCGGAGUGCAUCGUUGAGCGCGACGGGACGCUGGCCUGCAUGUGCAUCGUCGGAUGGGCUGGUAAUGGCUACAUCUGUGGCAGGGACACAGACAUUGACGGAUUUCCAGAUGAGAAGCUUCGCUGCACCGACAGAAAGUGUCGCAAGGAUAACUGUGUGAGCAUUCCGAAUUCUGGCCAAGAGGAUGCAGACCGAGACGGAAUCGGCGACGCCUGUGAUGAUGACGCCGACGGGGACGGAAUCAAAAACACAGAGGACAACUGCGUGUUUGUGCGCAACGCCGACCAGCGCAACGCCGACCAGGACAACUUUGGCGACGCCUGCGACAACUGCCGGAACGUCAAGAACAACGCUCAGCGUGACAGCGACAGAGACGGGCGAGGAGACCUGUGUGAUGACGACAUGGAUGGGGACCAGAUUAAAAACGUUCUGGAUAACUGUGUGCGGAUCCCCAACCCAGACCAGAGGGACAGCGAUGGUGACGGCAUUGGAGACGUAUGUGACAGUUGCCCGUUCAUCAGUAACCCAGACCAGAAAGACACUGACCAUGAUCUCGUCGGUGACCCCUGUGACACCAACCAGGAUCGAGAUGGGGACGGCCUCCAAGAUUCCAACGACAACUGCCCGUCAGUGCCCAACAGCUCCCAGCUGGACUCGGACCGGGACGGAAUUGGAGACGAGUGCGAUGAUGACGAUGACAAUGACGGCGUUCCCGACCGGGAAGCCCCGGGCCCGGACAACUGCCGCUUGGUCCCCAACCCUGGGCAGCAGGAUACAAAUGGCGACGGCAUCGGAGAUGCCUGUGAGGACGACUUCGAUAAGGACCAAGUGAUCGACCGGAUCGACGUUUGCCCCGAAAACGCCCAAGUGACACUGACCGACUUCCGGGCCUUCCAGACGGUGGUGCUGGAUCCAGAGGGUGACGCCCAGAUAGAUCCCAACUGGAUCGUCCUCAACCAGGGGAUGGAGAUUGUUCAAACUAUGAACAGCGACCCAGGCUUGGCUGUCGGGUACACCGCAUUCAACGGGGUGGAUUUCGAGGGCACCUUCCACGUGAACACGGCCACGGACGACGACUACGCCGGUUUCAUCUUCGGCUACCAGGACAGCGCCAGCUUCUACGUGGUCAUGUGGAAGCAGAUGGAACAAACGUAUUGGCAGGCGAAUCCGUUCCGAGCGGUGGCUGAACCGGGGAUUCAGCUCAAGGCGGUAAAGUCCAAGACGGGGCCCGGGGAAUAUCUCCGCAACUCCCUGUGGCACACGGGAGACACAACCGACCAGGUCAAGUUGUUAUGGAAAGACCCCCGGAACGUGGGCUGGAAAGAUAAGACCUCCUACCGCUGGUUCUUACAGCACCGCCCCCAAGUGGGCUAUAUCCGAGCUCGUUUCUACGAGGGCUCUGAGGUGGUGGCGGACACCGGCGUAGUCCUUGACACGACGAUGCGAGGGGGCCGGCUGGGUGUCUUCUGUUUCUCUCAGGAGAACAUCAUCUGGUCCAACCUACGGUAUCGCUGCAACGACACGAUCCCGGACGACUACGAGUCUUACCGGAACCAGCAAGACUACUAAACGCCGCUGCCCUCGCCUUAAAAAGAUCCGCUUGAGAGAGACUCGUGACACGUGCGUGCACUGCUUUGCGCUGACGAUAUUA